UGAAAAAAACAAAUUGCAUGAUAUGACAUGGUACUACUAUUGCUAAUACAUGUGAAAAUAUCAAUUUAUGCAACAUAACGCUCUGUUUGUGGUAUGUGAGUACUAAGAAUUAGAAUUUGCUUUACUUGUUUUAUUAUUUGUGAAAUUGGUCAUGGCCAAAAACAUUUGGAUACAUUGUAAUUUUUCCCAUAUAGGAUGCUCCAUGGCAGUUUCACCAGCGGCAUACUGCCAACUCAGUAUGAAAAGUUCUGCUCUGCAGCAGACAUAGGAGUGGUGAAGGAUGAAGACAAGAAUGUCGUUCUUGAAGAGUACAAAGUGGUGGUAGCGGAGCUUGCAGAAACAUCCAUGGAGGAUGCACUACAAGAGGAAAUAACUGGAAGUGUCCUUGCCGAAGAAGAUGACAACUUUCAGGGACUCAAAGUGCUGUCAGAUGCCCGUCAUUGCUGGCGGAAGAAUGCCUACUACUCUGAUGUUGUCUUUCUUGGCCACAUCACACACAGGGCGAUUCACCAUGAACUGGUAACCAAGGAAGAUGAGCCGAUAUCGCAGAACCACGAGAUUAUUGGCACAGAGCGGUUCUAUGAGUGGGCUGAUGCCAAAGGGCUCAGCAUCCAUCUCCAUGGCCAUGACAGGAACGGCUCGGUUAAUAAGAUAGUGAAGGACCGCCAAUAUACAGACAACGGCAACGACACAUGGCAUGCUACCAAGAACUUGGCAAGAUCCUUUGUCAAGGUUGCAAAGGGGAAGCCAGUCAAUCGAGGAGUCACCUGGCAUCCUGAGCUGUCUGACAAAGGUGCAGGUAUAAAGACACACUACUACUGGGCCAUGAAGACCUGCGAUGGAGACCCAGACCUGCUGCGGUUCCGCCUGGACAAUAUUGUCCGACACUACCAGAAUGACCACAGAAACUGCUUUGCGGGGAAUGUCCGUCAUCCGGGGGCCCGAUGUAAGACAGACCCGAACUACGAGCCGACCCGAACUACCAUCAGGGACCCGGUAGCAGCACAGCUGUUGACACGAUGGAUACAGAAAUCAACGAUAUACGAAUGGCCACUGGACUAUGUAAACUGUGUAGACACCCACUAUGUUGAGUCAUUCAACAAUAGCCUUCUCCAGUACCACGACAAGAGGAUCGUGUUUGGCAACAGCCAGUACACCAUGCGGAGCCAUCUUGCCAUCCUGGACUGGAAUGAACAUGUCGACAGGGACUACACUUCGAUCAUUCGAAGACAGUCCGCCAAAAACCCUAGGGCGGUGGAGGGACACAAAGUCCUCAAGCCUAAGACUAAUAGCUUCAAAAGUACAAUCUGGGACAGAUUCAUGGCAAGAAUCUUCCCCGCAGGAGAGGAUUGAGUAAUUUAGUUUGUUUUUGUUGUUCAGCAUGUAGUCAGUUAAUAAUUUUCCUAAUUGUGUUGAGACAAUGUUCCAAAGUGUUAGUAAAGAUACAUGUAUGUAGACAUUGUUGUCAUUUGUCAGGAUUUUACAAAUGGAGGUAGUAUUGUUUGCUUGUAUUUUGAACUGUUGCACUUCAUGGUAAAUGAGAACUUUCUGGGAUUCUUUCAAAAUGAUCUGUAUAGAGUAAUUAUUUUUUGGAUGCGUCCCAGGUCCCAGUUCAAGCUGUUGAAAAUGAUAGUCUUGUAUUUCAUGACCAUUCCUAUAAUGAAGUAACUGUUAUUUGUGAUAACAGAAUGUCUCUGAUUUUCACAUGUUAUGUAAAACCUAGUCUAGAAGAUACUCCUUUAUCAUUGUAUUUCGUAAAAAGAUUCUAUACUGGUAAGAUUUUCUUGUUAUUCAGGCAAUAUGGCAUUACUAGUACAUGUAUUAGACAGGUUUGAAAACUGUAAGCUAGCAAUUGCUUGUGAUAGUGUUUUGUUUGUUCAUAUAUGCCCCUGUGGUACAAUAAUGCCUACCUAUGGACGUAUUUUGUUUGGACUCCUACACUUCUUUACGAGUCCAUUAGUAUAGUAUACUUGGUGUCCUGUUGUGUUCAGGAUAAAUUCUUUAGUAAUUUAGGGUGUUUGACCUAGAAAUCAGAGGCCAUGGGUUCAAAUCCCUUGACAUGUCACCAAAGUUGUGCUGUUUACAGGACUUUCCUUACUCCAUCCAAUUGUACAAAGGGGGUUGGGCAGGUAAUAGGUGGUGGGAGGAGAGGAUUGGGUGACCUUGGGCCUGUCCUGGACACAGUGGAUAACAACCCACGUGUCAGGAAGGCUAACGUAUUUGAUUUCCAAGAUUGUAUAGCUUGAUACCAAAAUGGUAUAACGUCAUCAUGACAUACUAGUAUGUAAGAACAAGGAGGUAAUUAUAACCUUCUUGGUCAGUACAAAAUUUAGCUGUACAUUGAUUUAUGCUCGUCCUUCUUGUUGUAUGAGACAGAUUCUGUUCCAGACAUAGAUAUUCAAUAAAGAAACAAAAUCCUGUUGCUGGCAAGCCCAUUCUUACACACACACACACACACACACACACACACACACACACACACACACACACGGUGGUUUCUUCAACUUUUACACACAGGCGGGCACACUGCAAGCAAGGCCUCAGACAAACCACUUUCCCCAAGGGUCAGCCAGAGGUACUUAGGGGAGGCCAACCUCAGGUCUGGCAGGGUCUGGCACGGUUGGAGAUUUAGCAAUUACUAUGCCUGUCAAUCAGCAAUUUUGUCUCCGGCUGAGCGCCAUAUGC